GUCGACUCUCACUCUGCUUUAUUAUGUCGCAUUUCCCUUUGGCCAUGGACUUGGCGUAUAGAUGGCUGUUUUUAUUUCAUUUGAUUGUUUGCCAAUCCCCUUGUCUGCUGACGUUCACGGCUACGUACUUGAGCUCCAUCGUGACUACCAGGAAUUCUCCGUCGCCUUCACGGACCGCCUCAGUGAGGUGAAUGAUGCUGAGGCGAUUGCUCGUCUAGAUGUCUUACCCGUCAGAGUUGUAGCUGAGUAAAGUUAUUGGCUACUCAUAUCUGAGUAUGUUCACAUAUACUUCUGUGAUUUUGCGGCCUUCAUUGAGUUCAACGCGGUGAAGCAGGGCAAAUCAUUUCUUUAUGCGAACAUACUUGACGUUGGGGACUUUCCAGAAUAUUACAUUUCGCCCCAGACGCGAAACUUCGCACUCUAUAGCACGAGAAGUUACAUCACAUGUAGCUGAAGUUUCCCCUACGGUGCGGUGAACAUCCAGCUUGUGGCCCGCUGCAUACGUCGUCGGUAACCAUGCGGCAUUAUAAGACCAUGACACCAUCGAAAUGGCUCGCUAUCCACUUUGCGUCGAUAUGAAUGCCUUGAACAAUGUGCUACUUGUCUUUCUCGCUGUAUAUAUUCAUGGAAUACUUUCCUAUACAGUUCCCCCAGGAUCUGCAGGCUUCUAUCAUGGAAAUUCGUCCGCAGCUGUAACACUCGAUACUCAUUCGCUGUUCUUGGAUGAUAAGAGAUUGUUUGUCUUCAGCGGAGAAGUUCAUCCAUGGCGAAUCCCCAGUGGUCGUGCCGUUUGGCGCGAUGUAUUUCAGAAGAUGAAGGCUGCCGGAUUCAAUUCUGUCUCUGUGUAUCAUCAUUGGGGUGUUUCCGAAGGCAAACAAGGAGAGUUAGACUUCAAUGACUUUCGGUCACAUACAGAUGUCUAUGAAGUUGCAACGGAAGUUGGUAUUUUGGUCGUGGCCAGACCUGGUCCGUACAUCAAUGCAGAAACAACUGCUGGAGGAUUCCCUGGUUGGCUUACAAACAACCCUGCCAAAGCUCGCACAAACCAGACGGGAUUCACGGAGGCAUGGACACCGUACAUUGAAUCCGUUGCCCAGUUCGUGGAGCCAUUCCAGUAUCCUGACGGACCAGUUAUUGCUGUUCAAUCUGAGAAUGAGUUCUUCCAGUCGUCAGCUUCAAACCCGGGCCGCUCCGAAAGCAUGCAGGAAAUCGAGGAUACAUUGCGUGCCAAUGGCGUUACGAAGGUUCCCUUGACUCAUAACGAUGCUCAGCCGAACGGAAGAUUUGCGCAAGGUCUCGGCGCUGUAGACCUUUACAUGUGGGAUGCUUAUCCUCAGGGCUUCCUAUGUUCUAACCCGACAAGCUGGCCAGAGGUCAAUGCGAACCUAGAUACAGCUCAUCAGGCGUUUGUACCGGACCAACCAUGGGCAUCAGGCGAGUUUCAAGGAGGAUCCUUCGAUCCUUGGGGUGGCUCUGGAUAUGACCAAUGUUUCUUGUUGACGAAUGAACAAUUUGCAAGUGUACAAUACAAGAAUAACUAUGCCGCGCAGACCACAUACCUGAACUUAUACAUGACGUAUGGCGGUACGAAUUGGGGCAAUUUGGCUGAACCUACCGUAUACACUUCCUAUGACUAUGGUGCACCUAUUCGCGAAGAUAGAACACUGUCGCCGAAGUACUCCGAGAUUAAGCUUCAAGCCACGUUCUUGCAUGCCUCUCCAGACUUUCUUGUGGCUACUCGCUUCGGCAACGGUACAGUCGGUUCUGGAACUGCAUUUUCUGACAAUACACGGAUAUACACUACCGCUCUGAGCGCACCUAGCGGAACGCACUUUUAUGUGAUCAGACAAACCAGCGUCAGGCUUCUCGACUCGACUCAAUUCACUAUUCGAGUGAAUACGACGGAAGGCGAAGUUACCAUCCCUCAAUUUGGUGAUACUGCAACACUGGAUGGUCGCGAAAGCCAAGUUCUUGUUUCUGAAUAUACAUUUGGCUCUCACAAGUUGAAGUACUCGACGGCAGAAGUCUUUACGUGGGCUACCAUUGGAGACGUUGACUACCUGGUUCUCUACGCAAAUGAGGGACAUUCUAUCGAGACCGUCAUCUCGGGAGUGGGAAACUCUGCACCAAUAAUCUCUGGCUCUUCUUCUAUCACGGCGCGGUCAGGUUCAAAUGGUACAGCCAUUAUCACCGGUAGUCCCUCUGGCAUUUCCACGGUUACAAUCGGAAGGGCCACAGUUAUCGUCGCAGACAAACAUACCGCACUCUCAUUCUGGAAUGUUCAUCUCCCUACUCCGAACGCAACCCUCUAUGAUCGUGCUCCAGACGUCCCCUCAGUCCUCGUCAUCGGUCCAUACCUCGUCCGCAAUGCCACUCUGGAGAAUUCUAAUUCUCGUCUAGUCCUACAUGGUGACUUAAAUGGUACGACUACGAUGGAUGUGGUUGCUCCUCCAUCUGUGAAAACUGUCACAUGGAAUGGUAAUCAAGUGGAUGUUCAGAAGUCCAAUAUAGGAACGCUCAGAGGUAGCCUUCGAUUCACGUUGAACGAACCAACACUACCUAAUUUGAAGGAGGCAACAUGGUUCUGCACGGACUCCUUACCUGAGAUAAAAGAUGGAUUUGACGACAGUGAUUGGGUGACUGCGAACAAAACAACCACAGUUCGACCGUAUCAACCAUUCGGUGGGAAGUUUGUUCUAUACUCGGACGAAUAUGGGUUCCACCAAGGUAACACCAUUACCCGCGGCCACUUCACGGGCAAGAACGUAACUGGCGUACGGCUUUCUGUCCAAGGCGGCUUCAAUUUUGGCUAUAGUGCAUGGAUCAACAGCAAGUUCCUUGGUUCCAGUCAAGGGACGAACCAAUACUCGGCCGGCGGUGGGAUCGACCUAACGAACAGUACAUGGACAUUCGAUUCAGCCGAUCUCAAUGACGGAGAUAAUGUAUUGACUGUGGUAGUCGACCCUACUGGUUUGGAAGAGGACUAUGAUGGAGACGACACACAUAAAACUCCGCGCGGCAUUCGAGGCUACGAGUUAUUUGGCGGUGGCGACUUUACCGUAUGGAAGCUACAAGGCAAUCUCGGUGGGGAAGACUAUCCAGACAAGGUUCGUGGCCCUCUCAAUGAAGGUGGAUUAUUUGUCGAACGCCAAGGUGCACAUUUGCCUGGCUUCUCCACGAACUCAUGGACACGAUCCACGACAUCUGCUCCAUGCACACCAUACACAGGACUCACCUCUGCAGGCAUUAAAGCUUAUCGCACGACCUUCAGCCUGGAUAUCCCUGCAGGAAGCGAUAUACCUAUCGCCCUUCAAUUCGAACGAACGCCGACUAGUAGCUAUCGCACCGUGAUAUACAUCAAUGGAUGGCAAUUUGGUAGAUUCAACUCCAGAGACGGCCCUCAGACAGUAUUUCCGUUACCCGAAGGUAUUCUGAACCACCAGGGAUCGAACGAACUAUUGAUUACGGUCUGGUCACUUGAUGGCGGAGGAGCAAAGGUUGCAGAUCUGGGGCUUGUCGCUACUGCUGUUGUGAGCUCAAGCAAGGAGUUUAUCAGAGGUCUUGUGAGGUCACCCAGCUUCUCUGAGCUGCGAGGUUGAGGUACAAUUUGUCCCGACUUGCGGUCGAUUCUAUAAGUAGUUGUUGAAAGCUUUCAUGUACGAGGGCUUGCUUCCAUGUUGCAAAACGACAAGGCUAGAUAUGAUUCAUGGUGAUUUUGCGCCAAUCGGGGAGCUCAAAUUCAUCAACAUGAAGUCGCGUGAGAGAGAAUGAAGAGCUGACCUUCCUAUCACCUCGACGUCCAUAUGCAGAGUCCUCAGUUCGGUCCAAGACCCGACUAUUUGAAGGAGGGAACAAAGGACAAUUACCUGA